AGGGCAGUGUGAUUGAAUGCAGCCGAAGCCGAUACUAGAGGGUUACAGCAGACAGCGCGCCCACAGAGCAACGGAGGGUUCUUCCUUUUCGGACGCACGAUUGGAGGGGCUGGGAUUGUCGAACCAGGUGGGCGGUUGGGAAGGGACGGGUGGGAGGGGGGAAAGGUGCGAGCGACGGAGGAGGCAGUGGCUCAAGCUGCCACUGCCGCUGCUACGGGACCAGCCAGGCCCGACGCGCAGCAGACAGCGACGCAACGCAACGCAACGCAACGCGACGCACGGCAACGGGGCAGUUGAGGAGACGGGUGGGCGACGUGGUGAGGGCAGGUCGGGCUGGGCUGGGCUGGGCUGGAGACAGGAGUGGAGGGUUGCAGGGGUCCAGCAACCACGCCGGCGCAAGAUUCAAGCCAAGCAGACACGCACAGCAUGCGCACAUGGCAAAGACCUGGGUAGCCCGCUUUCCUGCGCUGCUCCCCCUCUUGCAGCCGGGCUGCGGGGUCAGAUGGGCAGCCAGGCAGGCAUACGCGCAUGUGUCACCCAACACGCCUGGGCACCCGGUACCGCCCAGCCCGACAGCCCGCCGCGCCGGUACCUGGAAAAGCAAGCAGCGUACCUGCACCCUCGCGGCUCCGGCCUAUUGUCUGGCCAGGAGACUUCUGCCCGAGGGACUGCAGGGUGGAUGCGAUGCGCGCUGGACGGGUCGAGGCUGGGCGAGAUUGGCUCGAGGGCGGCCAGGCCAGGCCAGGCCAGGCCAGGGGAGGCACCGUGUUCCCAGGAGGUACCUGAUAUUCCGUGCAGCGGGCGCGACGAUGGUGCAGACUCGGGAACAGACGUGGGCAAAUAGAAUUGCAGAAGGCGGUUGCGAAGCAGGCAUUGGAGGGGUAGCUUCGCUAGAGCUAAUCAGGGCGGCCAAGGGGCAGGUGGGUGGACGGGAAGGGGAGGCAUGGCAGGCAACGGAGGGUAGAAGGUCGAGCCAGACUUACGGGCAUGCACGCCGUCUCGUUGU